CUGUGAACUCGAAUUUCAUUUCACUUACGAUUGCAGAUUCCUCCCUCUGAGUUAGUCGACCUUUGAAUGAUGGCAACACAGAUGGCCUACAUCUUCUCGUCUCAUGUUACAUGUAUUAAUGCAAGCCGUGGUGAUAUGCGGCGAAAAGAUAUGAGUUCGGCCCGAUACAGCUUCUACUAUAGCUUUCAUCAUGCGCGCAGCCUCGUUCCCUCCUACAUAUCUCCCAGCCCUCUUCACACUCCCCCAUGUUCAGCAAGUAUUCCAUAUCCCGUCACCACAUCACACUCGAAGCUGCCGGCCUCGUUGCCCUCGCAGAUCUCUCCAUCGUUGCAGUGAGGACUGCCCUAACAGGGACAGCCUCGCCCCUCGAUGUCCUCCUCCUCGCACCUGGCAUGCACCAACAGCAGUCUGCUGAAGAGGUGAACCGUGGGGAAUUCCCAACGACUGGUUCGAUAACUAAUGGAUACGUCUUCCGCGUCGAGAACCCUGCGACAGUGAGCUACUUGCAGCGCAUUGGUCGCACCGGGCACCUCGUCACCGCCAAGGUAUCCAUGAAUCCUUCCCGUAACACUUCUUUAUCCAAGUACAACCGCCUCGUCCAAUCCUUCUUCAUCACUGGGGUUUCCGCGACACUUCUAUACCUCCUCGGCCCGAUCCUGACAGUGAUCGUGCUCUCAUUCCUCGCCGCUAUACAGGACUGGUGGGGAUUUUGGGUACUAGGGAUGCUAGUAAUCGCCCGAAUGAUCAACGUCAUCGUGAUCAGGCGAAGGAGCAAGGACUCGAAAGAGUGGAAAGGCGCUCCCGAGAAAGAUGAGGGUGAUCUGCUCAUCCUUCUGAGCCAGGAUCGCUGGGUGCGCCUACAAGGGUCCCUGCAUGAUAUCAAGACCGUCACAGCAGGAGAAUGGCUCCGAGAUCAAAGUACGCUGGAGAGCUUUUUCGUUGCCCUCGCGACGCUGCUGGUCUAUGCGGCGGCGGCUUUGGCCGGCAACGCCUCGACGAUGGGGAGCUUGUUUAUUGCUUGCCUCUUGCUCUGCUCUGCCGCUCUAUUGGGUCUGUGCAACUCCUGGACAGGAUGUUUGCAGAUGUAUGAUUGCAUUGUAUGGCAGGGUCCGGAGACGUCACCCAAGUACUAUAAGCGGAGGUUGGAUAUGGUCGAUGAUUUAAUUCAGUCGAGCGGGAAGAGUGACUGGGCUUUUGAAAUGGGUUUGAAGAGGCAUGUUAAACUGGAGGCAUCUGUCGGGUUUGACUCGUCGUCCGAGUGUUCCAGCUUCUCAAGCCCCAGACCUAGCAUCGAUGACAAGAGGUGUUAACUCUAUACAAGGGUUGAGGGAAAAACGGGUAUUAAACCACCCAAUAGAGCAAACAAACUGUAGACUAAGAUUGGAUGUGUAGGUAAAAAG